UCUGUCUCAAUCUCGCUCUCUGUCUUUCUCUCUCUUCUCCCGAGCCCUCUAUCUAGCUCCUUCCUCUUUCUCUGCAACAUUGAAUGGUCUGCUCAUAAAGUAACAAAGCUACCGGUAUCUGUGAAACACCAUGACCAUUAACCACACAACCAGCAGCAGCUACGAAACACAUGCUCCAAAACCACCACCAUCAGACUGAUCAACACAGUGACAGUCCCCAAACACACCCACGCCUCAUCUUCUAACUCUCAAGCUGAGUGAAGAGGUAGAAUGUGACUUAUUUUUCAGCUAACAUACAGGAAUUCUUUUAUAGAACAGCAGCCCUCAUCAAAAGGAAGUCUCGGCUCUUUCUCCUCUCUGCUCUAGUUUCUCUGUGUGUUUUGGAUAGUCAACUGCUAGCUACCAGUGACAGUGAUAGAUAAGGACAUACAGCCAGAGGAAACAGCCAACGCCUUUAAGAGAUGUCUGGUGAUCCCAUCUCCUGCUUCUCCAAACAGGGAAUACUACUUCUCCUACUCUCCAACCUCCACUAUGGUGUAGAUGUUCCUCUGAUCAUCAACAAGAGAGUGGGGGACUCCGUGGAGCUGCUGGCAGGCAAAGAGAAUGGACAUUUGAAAUCCUUGGUGUGGAAGUAUAUGGGAAAGGAGAUUGCAGAAUUCAACUCAGAAGUUGUAUAUUCACCUGGAUCCCAGUUUGAGGGGAGACUAAAGAUGAACACCAAAAACUUCAGUUUAACAGUCAGAGAACUGACACUGCAAGACUCAGGGGAUUUUCUACUUACAGGUGAUGGGGACAAAGGUCAGAUUGACAGUAAGACCAUCACUCUGAAGGUCCACGAACCUAUAUCCAAUGUGGCGAUCCAGACAGACAUCAAGCUAUUGGCCAACCACUCCUGUACGGUACGGCUGGUGUGCAACGUGUCCUGCUACCACAACAUUACUUACACCUGGGAGAGAGACAAUGAGAUCUAUGGGGACGCCCAGCAGAUUCACUUCUCUCUCUCACCAGCAGAGAGAAACAUCAGUGUAAAGUGCAACGCCUCCAACCUAGUCAGUUGGAAAGCUGCCUUUGAGACAGUAAAGUGUAGUAGUGACACAACCACCCCAGAAUAUGUGACAGGACUGGCGUCGUAUGCCAUCUACAUCGGAGUAUCAGUGGGAAGUGCUGUGGUGCUGAUCCUCACUGUAGCUGUGGCAGUGUGCUACUGCAGGGGCCGAAGUAACACAGAAGAUCUAACUGACAACACAAUAUAUGCUGAUGUUAUGAUCAACACAAGAAGUAGAGAUACAAUAUCAAACAGUCAUGUAAACCCAAUAUCCAUCUAUGAAACUGUCAAUGAUCUGGUUAUCCCAAGAUUGAACAAGCCGCAGACUCUGUAUGACAAGAUCGCAUUUGGACGCCCAGAAGGCCCCCCUUGUCCCUACCAGAAAGUACUGUGAGCUGAACAGGAUGUGGUCAUAGGCUGGGCCUUGCAUAGAUAUACAACCCUCUGCAUCCUCUGCAUCUUACACGUGUACAUUCUGUAGAUAGGCCUAGAUGUUACUGUUUCAUUUCAUCACGAUCUACACAAUUUGCUUACAAUUUGAUGAUUGUACUCUUCUCCCUUUUUUAAUUAUCAUAUAUAUAGUGUAUCAUCAGGCCUUAUGCUGUUCUUUGAGGGCCUAGUUACAAUUAGAUUCUGAAAUGUGUCAUAGGCAGUUAUAGGUGUUGUGAUCAGACAAGCUCAUAUGUCGAAUUUCUAGUUUCUAGAUUAAAGAAAAUAGUUGUAGAUAAUAGUAUGACAUUGAUUAGUGAAGUUCAUUUAUGCCUGUGAAUAGAAAGUGUACUCUUUUGCAUCAGGAUUAUGUGCUGGCCAGGCAUCGAUGAGGUUGUAAUCAGAGAGUAUAUGAUGGAGAGUCUUUGUUACAUGUGGACUGUAGAUGGUCUUAUUUGAUUUGUCCGCAUGUCCAAAAUGGCAUUCAUGUCUGUCCCAAUAACCAGAUGGAAUUCAAUUAAUUCCCCAAAAUAUUCCAUUCACAGAAUAAAACAUGUUUCUACCUUUUUGCAUACGUUGAGUGCUUUGCAUUUAGAAUGAAUUGUAAUUACCACUCACGACUGUAUUUGUUAGCAACAGAGGCAUGAUUGUUGUAUUGAAUGGUUUUCAGUACUGUAGCCUUCACCAAGUGAAUGUCUAAGUGAAUAUGUUAUCUUUAAAAUUAAACUCAUUAUGACAACACAUUACAUAUAUCAUAAAGCCGCUGAGGGCCUAGUUACACCCUAACACACUGGUCUGAAACUUCUGGUUUAGUCAAAUUAUGCCGGCUUGCAAAGGGAUGUGUCAUUUCUAUUGGAAUCCAGUCAAAGUUAGGAUAUCCAACUAUUUAACAUUUAAGUCACAUGCAACAUGCAUUCAGAAUGACUGUUGGGGUAGAGAAAAUUGUCACGAUCGUCUAUAGGUGGAAGAGAGGAGGACAUAAAUACAUCUUCUUUAAUGAAGACGAAACAAACACUUUUACAAACGAACAAAACAACCGUGAAGCUAUACAAACAAAUCGUGCUGACACUAAACACUACACAUAGACAAUUACCCACAACCUACCUAAUGCCUAUGGCUGCCUAAAUAUGGCUCUCAAUCAGAGACAACGAUAGACAGCUGUCUCUAAUUGAGAACCAAUCCAAGCAACCAUAGACUUACCUAAACACCUACACUGAACACAACCCCAUAAACUCUACAAAACCCCCUAAACAAUACACACACCCUAAACUAGACAAAAACACACAAACAUCUCCCAUGUCACACCCUGACCUAACUAAAAUAAUAAAGAAAAUAAAGAUAACUGUAACGGGUGACGCUCUCCUCAUCCUCGGACGAGGUGAGGAGAGAGGGAUCUGAAGACCAAAACGCAGGCUUUGGGAAAUAAGCCAUCUUUUAUUUAAUAACGAUGAUGGCAAACACGAAACGAAACAAACACUUUCAAAACUACAAAAUAACAAAACGACGUUGACGAGACCUGAACAUAAACUUACAUAACUAAACAUAAACUUACGUACAGGAAACAGACGACAUCGAAACGAAACGAAACAAACAAACGCUACAGUCCUAUGUGGUACGAACAUACAUACAGACACAGGAGACAUGUACUCCACACAAACCCAUAUCCUAUCCAACAACCCCUUUACCAUAAACAACACCCAAAACCAACAAAACAAAACAUUCCCCAUGUCACACCCUGACCUAACUAAAAUAAUAAAGAAAACAAAGAAUACUAAGGCCAGGGCGUGACAAUAACUAAGGCCAGGGUGUGACAAAGAUUGAUUAUUGAGACUACCUAAAUCAUAUAAACUGGAACAGCCAUAACAGUAAUGUGUGAAAUAAGUCCAACUAGUAACAGAUUGGAUUAGUUUUGAAAAAUGUAUGUUAUCUUUGUUUGUGUAGCAUAAGAUUACUCAACCAGUCAUUGUACAUGCAAAUACACAGGUAUUGAAACAAACCAUUCUGAAAAUCAACCUGUGAAGAGAUCAUGCUGGAAUAAUGAUAAUGAUGAUGAUUGGUGUGGUUUUGAGCAAAGAAUCAUUUUGUAUUUUACUCAACAAGCUUGUUCAAAUACAACUGACUUCAAGCAGAGUUUGUUGAUUUAAGACUCUAACAGAUUGGCUCAAAUUCUCGUCAUUUUUAAGUCCACGCAACUUGCAUAAUAAUGCUAAUUAAGCAAUUGGUUAAGUUUGACUUUUUCCAGUGCACAGUGUAUGAAAUGAAAAGGCUGAGGAACUUCACAUUAGGUCACUUGUUUGUCAUAGUUAAGUGGUCAUGGUUUGCUCUCUUCCUCUUUAGCAGUGUGGGUUUGUGAAGGAAGGCGCUGUGUGAUGCUGAUCAGAGAGAGUCAAAUAGAGAAAUGGUUGUAGUCAUAUGCAAAAACCUGUGAAAACCUAGUUGUUGGGCUGAUGAGGACACAUGAAAAGUUGUGUAGGGAUGUAUGUCCUUUUCAGAAAGAAGAAUGACAAU